GUUUAUGCAUAUACACAUUGUAUUAUUGCUAUUCAGUGAAGUGGACAUGAAUAUGAAUCGAGAUUAAUGAGAAAACAUUGUGGAUACCAUAUUUCAGCAGGUGGAUUUUUCAUAACCAAAUCAUUGAUUAUAUUGAAGUAAAUGAAUAAACAGAUUCAACUCAAUCGUCACUAAAUUGCAUUCCAUCAAUUGUCAUAAUCUCUCAAUAGAAGGGAUGAUACAUAAUUGUAAAAUCGGAAAAGUGGUCAACGUGUGGACACAGGAAGUAAGCUGCAAUUCGGAUAGUUCACAAGAGGCAUCAAUUAAUCAGCGACAGUAUUCAAAUAAUGAUGAUAUUUUUGCAUUGAAUGUACUCGGAAUUACAGUUCUUCAGUUUGCAAUUACUUUUGGAGGAACGAAUGUGUUUAUUCUAAUCCAACAGAUCAGUGAAUGGAUUAAAAGUUAUUCAGUAAUCUUAUGGGUCUCGUGUGCUAUCUACUUAGUUCUUCAAUCAAUUUGGAUGUUUGUUCCAGCAUUAUCACGGAAAUAUCCAUACAAUGUAAUGUAUCUAAUAUUGAUGACAUUAUUUUCAACCAUUGCAAUUGCAUCGGAUGCAACCUUAUACAUCGAAAAUGUUGUCUAUUUUAUCUUCGCUGUAUCGGUGACAUUCAUUAAUUUAAUUGUUUGCACCAUAACUGUUCUACAAUAUGAUUUCAGUAAACAUAACACCAUCAAUCUAUUUGUUACAUUAAUUAUUGAUUUGAUACUAUUAAUUGGACAGAUUCUUUACUUCACGAUGAAAAAGAAUAAUAUUGUACUAAUUAUUGCUGGUGCACUUGCAUUUCCAUUCACAGUCUUUAAAUUAUUAUUUCAAAUGAAGAUGGUAUUUGGAGGUGGUACACUUAGAUAUCAACAAAUGGAUUUAGUAUUAGCAGCUGGAGUUCUUUACAAUUGUUGGUGGAAUUUAUUUUUAACACUAAUGUGGUUAUCUUCAAAGACAGGUUUAAAAAACUUGAAUUCAACUAACGCCACUUUAUCUAAUGUUUAAUCUUCAGUUAAUUUAGUAAUUCUAACUAAAUUAGAUUGAAUAUGUAUUUCUAGGGAAAUGUUUGUUGAAGAAGAGUCCUCAAGUUUUUUUCUCUCUUUGAAUAAACAGCCAUAUUUCAGUGAUCAAUGUAUCAUGGAAGAUGUUGUGACUUAUUUUACUCUUUGCAUAGUUUUCUCAUUUCUGAAACUUUAAUAUCAUAUAGUGUCAGUUACUAUGUUAAGCCCAUAUACAUUAUUCUAGCUUCUAAACAGACCAAUUUAUCCAUUCUACUUGAGUUGCAUCUUGACCUUGUUAAUUGUUCAUUUAUCAAUCUUGACUGUUUUUAUGUAAGCAUAUGUUUGUAGACUUCUUAUCUUACCACAUGUCUGUUGCUUGUUUUUAUGUGACUAUGAAUGUUGAUUAACGCUUGAUUAAACGAAGUUGGUUCACAUGCAUUCUCCAUUGUGAGUGGUUUCACCCUCUCUUCUUAGCAUCCUUCGUGACAUCUCUUUGAUUAUCUGUUUCGAUCAACGAUUAUACAAGAUAUAUGUAUUGGGAAAUCGA